AUGGAAGCAAUGCGACCAUUCGCUUGGUUCGUCUUAUUUCAGGCAAGGAUAGCCCUAUUCGAAUUGACCUUAUUCACACAAAUCUUGAUGAAAAUGACUGCAUUCCGUAUGAGGCCUUAUCGUACACAUGGGGGCAUCAGGAUACAAGACACACUGUAUAUGUGGACGGACAGCACUUCAAAGUUGGAUGGAAUCUACAUAUAG